CCCAGAGCCUGGAGGGCCGCGGCCACCGGAAGAGUCGCAGUCGCCAGCCGAGCCGGGAGAGUGGGGAGCGGAAGCGGCGGCCGCGACGGCAGCAGGCGGCGCUGGGACCCGGGAGCGGCCGGAGAACAAGGGAGCUGGCGCCGCGGCCGGCCGCGGAGCUGGGCUGAGCCGCUGGGCCGCGCCGAGCGCCGUCGCCGCCCGAGAGGCCCGGCCCGGCCGCCCGAGCAGGCAGCGCGCGGGCCGCCGGGCCCGAGGCCGGAGCCAUGGGCGAGACGAAGAUCAUCUACCAUCUGGAUGGGCAGGAGACGCCGUAUCUGGUGAAGCUGCCCCUGCCCGCGGAGCGCGUCACCUUGGCGGACUUUAAGGGCGUUCUGCAGCGACCCAGCUAUAAGUUCUUCUUCAAGUCUAUGGACGACGAUUUCGGAGUGGUGAAGGAGGAGAUCUCGGAUGACAAUGCCAAGCUGCCCUGCUUCAAUGGCCGGGUGGUGUCCUGGCUGGUGUCAGCUGAGGGCUCACACCCAGAGCCAGCUCCCUUCUGUGCUGACAACCCAUCGGAACUGCCACCGCCCAUGGAGCGCACAGGAGGCAUUGGGGACUCCCGGCCCCCAUCCUUCCACCCUCAUGCUGGUGGGGGCAGCCAGGAGAACCUGGACAAUGACACAGAGACAGACUCCUUGGUGUCUGCUCAGCGAGAGCGGCCACGCCGGAGAGAUGGCCCAGAGCACACAACCCGGCUAAAUGGAACUGCAAAGGGGGAACGGCGGCGAGAGCCAGGGGGUUAUGAUAGCUCAUCCACUCUCAUGAGCAGCGAGUUGGAGACCACCAGCUUCUUUGAUUCAGAUGAGGAUGACUCCACCAGCAGGUUCAGCAGCUCCACAGAGCAGAGCAGCGCUUCGCGCCUGAUGAGAAGACACAAGCGGCGGCGGCGGAAGCAGAAGGUUUCGCGGAUUGAGCGGUCCUCCUCCUUCAGCAGCAUCACGGACUCCACCAUGUCACUCAACAUCAUCACGGUCACUCUCAACAUGGAAAAGUACAACUUCUUGGGCAUCUCUAUUGUGGGCCAAAGCAACGAGCGUGGUGAUGGAGGCAUCUACAUUGGCUCUAUCAUGAAGGGGGGAGCCGUGGCUGCUGAUGGACGCAUCGAGCCAGGAGAUAUGCUAUUACAGGUAAACGAGAUUAACUUUGAGAACAUGAGUAAUGACGACGCUGUCCGGGUACUGCGGGAGAUUGUGCACAAACCAGGGCCCAUCACCUUGACUGUAGCCAAGUGCUGGGACCCAAGUCCACGUGGUUGCUUCACACUACCCAGGAGCGAGCCCAUCCGGCCCAUUGACCCCGCAGCCUGGGUCUCCCACACUGCAGCCAUGACCGGCACCUUCCCCGCCUACGGCAUGAGCCCCUCCCUGAGCACCAUCACCUCCACCAGCUCCUCCAUCACCAGCUCCAUCCCUGACACAGAGCGCCUAGACGACUUCCACCUGUCCAUCCACAGUGACAUGGCUGCCAUCGUAAAAGCCAUGGCCUCCCCUGAAUCUGGGCUGGAAGUCCGUGACCGCAUGUGGCUCAAGAUUACCAUCCCCAACGCUUUCAUUGGCUCGGAUGUGGUGGACUGGCUGUACCACAACGUGGAAGGCUUUACUGACCGGCGAGAGGCCCGCAAGUAUGCCAGCAACCUGCUGAAAGCUGGCUUCAUCCGCCACACUGUCAACAAGAUCACCUUCUCCGAGCAGUGCUACUACAUCUUCGGCGACCUCUGUGGCAACAUGGCCAACCUCUCCCUUCACGAUCAUGACGGCUCCAGCGGUGCCUCUGACCAGGACACUCUGGCCCCUCUGCCGCACCCAGGGGCGGCUCCUUGGCCCAUGGCUUUCCCUUACCAGUAUCCGCCGCCCCCACACCCCUACAAUCCGCACCCAGGCUUCCCAGAGCUGGGGUACAGCUAUGGCGGGGGCAGCGCCAGCAGUCAGCACAGUGAAGGCAGCCGGAGCAGUGGCUCCAACCGCAGCGGCAGCGACCGGCGGAAGGAGAAAGACCAGAAGGCCGGGGACUCAAAGUCGGGUGGCAGCGGCAGCGAGUCGGACCACACGACCCGCAGCAGCCUGCGGGGGCCUCGGGAACGCGCGCCCAGCGAGCGCUCGGGCCCUGCCACCAGCGAGCACAGCCACCGCAGCCACCACUCGCUGGCCAGCAGCCUGCGCAGCCAUCACACACAUCCGAGCUACGGCCCCCCCGGCGUGCCCCCUCUCUACGGCCCCCCCAUGCUGAUGAUGCCCCCACCGCCUGCGGCCAUGGGGCCCCCGGGAGCCCCUCCGGGCCGCGACCUGGCCUCCGUGCCCCCUGAACUGACCGCCAGCAGACAGUCCUUCCGCAUGGCCAUGGGAAACCCCACCAAGAAUUUCGGGCUGUUUGACUUUCUGUGAGCCCCCAGCGAGGGGAGGCCCAGCCUCCGAGGAGACCAGGAACCCUGCUUCAGCAGCCCCUCAGGGCUUCCCAAGGAUAUUCAGCCCCCACACCUACACUUCAACAUGUUGAGUCACUAGCUUCUGAGGAGCACCCCAGCCUCUCACCUAUGUAUAAGAGACUCUGUUCCCCUUUCUCCAGAGUUUCUUUCUUUCCUUCUUUCUUUGCUUCUCUCUCUCCCUCUCCCUUUCCCUCUCCCUUGUAGGCCCCCCCCCCCCUACUACGUGCCUAUGCAACUUCUCUUAAGCCUCAGGGCUGGUCCCUGUCCGGAGGGCUGGACCCUCUCCUAGUCCUCCUAGGUUGUGGGGCUGGUCCCCAGACUUCCCUCUCCUUUCCCCCCACAGCCCUCAAACCUCCCACACAUGUCCCCAUCAUCUUCCUAUCUGGAUAAAUAGCCCAAGCUGAAUCUCAGGUUGGGCUCAGCAGAGGACUCCCCAGGCAAAUGACAAGCUGUUCUCACCCUGCUUUCUACCCCACACACCCUUCCCUGUUUUCACAGUUACCAUGAUGACCCAGAGCAAGGUUGGGCAGGGGGACUUCCAGAGCGCCAAGUUUUAUUUUUUACUUUAUUCCUUUGUUUAAGCAAAGCACAACUUUCUCUAUAAGCCUCUUCUGUAAAUUCUGGCUCACCUAGGCUUCCAUAUUUUUAGGAUUGGGGUGUCAAGAGUAAGAUGAAGUCCUAAGCUCUGGCCUUUGGGGCAAACCAGGGUAGGGGUGUUUGGGCAUUCAUUCAUUUAACAAACAUUCCCUGGGGGUUUUGGUGCAUAGGGUUGUGUUAGAAGUGUGACUCAGUUUUGCCUUCCUCCUGGGAGCUCUAGGUUUGCUCCCAAUCCAGACUAUGUUUUCCUUAGCCACCCCAUAGGGCUGCCUCUUGUACUCUUCCUCCUCCAAUUCUUCUGUUUCCAACUCUUGAGGAUUCCUCCACCACUGCUCACACCUUCAGGGUCCUUGUAUUCUAUCUUUGAUCCACUUCUCUUUCCUCACUCCCAAAAUGGUGUCAUCCAUCCUGAUGUCCUCAACUGCCAGUGAUAUGCUGGUGUUUCCCAAAUAUAUAUCUCCAUCUCUAAAUUCCCUCUAUUUUUAGAUCUGUAUUUUUAUCACCUACUGGACCUCUCCAUGGUCAUGGCCAUAAGGAUCCAAUUCAUCCCUCUCCCCCACCCAAGUGUGUUCCUCCUGAAUUCCAAUCCUGGUUACCUUCAUCACACUCUACAUAGGCUCACCAGCUAGAAAUAUUUAUGGGCUUAAAUUCCUUCCCAUACCUUACUAGUCAGUAUAUCAUAUCCAUUCCUCUCCAGCAAUCUUUCUUGAAUUUGUCCCUUCCUCUCCCCUCUGCCUCUAUUCUAGUUCACAGGAGCAUGGGAUUUGGAGUCAGGUUAUUCUGGGUUUGAAUCCCAACUCUACUACUUUUUGGUUGCGUGAUAGGAGAGUUAUUUAAUCUCUCUGAGCCUCAGUUUCCUCAUAUGUAAAGUGACAAUAAUAAUACCUACCUCACAGGGUUGUUGUGAGGAUUUAAUUAGAUAUUGUACGAAAAGUGCCUAGCACAGUGCCUGGCACACAGUAGAAUAGGUGCUCAAUAAAUGGUAGCUAUUGUUAUU